GCGGGAUGUGCGCGCGGAGCUCCCGGCGCCUCUCCCGCGCGGGACGGAGCCGCGGGAGCGACGCUGGAGGGGUGAAGCCUCCGUCUGGCCGUCCGCAUGGAGCUGAGCAGCGCGGAAGGGGCGUCCACCCGAUUCCUCGGCCUCACUCAGCGCUCUGUCUCUGAAGAUCUGGGUUGCAGACGUGGAGAGUUUAGCAGAAAGCAUUAUGGAUCUGUGGAGCUUCUUAUAUCUAGUGAUGCUGAUGGAGCCAUUCAAAGAGCUGGACGAUUCCGUGUGGAAAAUGGCUCCUCUGGUGAGAAUACAGACUCCACUCCGGGUACGUGGCACAGAACGGAUGUGCAUUUGGAAAACCCAGAGUAUCAUACGAGAUGGUACUUCAAAUAUUUUUUAGGGAAAGUUCAUCAGAAUUAUAUAGGUACAGAUGCAGAGAAGAACCCUUUCUUUCUGUCUGUUGUAUUGUCUGACCAAAAUAAUCAGCGCAUUCCUCAAUACCAUUCGAUACUUUGGAGAAAAACAGGUACUCAGAAAAUAUGUCUCCCUUACAGUCCCACAAAAACAUUAUCAGUGAAAUCUAUAUUAAGUGCUAUGAGUCUUGAUAAAUUUGAGAAGAGCCCAAGGGAAAUUUUUCAUCCUGAGAUACAAAAGGAUUUAUUGGUUCUUGAAGAGCAAGAGGGCUCUGUGAAUUUUAAAUUUGGAGUCCUUUAUGCUAAGGAUGGUCAGCUUACAGAUGAUGAAAUGUUCAGUAAUGAAACCGGAAGUGAAAGCUUUCAACGAUUUUUGCAUCUCUUGGGUGACACGAUUACUUUGAAAGGCUGGUCAGGCUACAGAGGAGGACUGGACACUAAAAAUGAUACAACAGGAACCUGUUCCAUCUAUACAGUUUUUCAAGGGCAUGAAAUUAUGUUCCAUGUUUCAACCAUGCUGCCGUAUUCUAGAGAGAACAAGCAGCAGGUAGAAAGGAAGCGACAUAUUGGAAAUGACAUUGUCACUAUCGUAUUUCAGGAAGGUGAAGAGUCUUCUCCAGUGUUCAAGCCAUCCAUGAUUCGCUCUCAUUUUACACAUAUUUUUGCUUUAGUGAGAUAUAAUAAGCAGAAUGAUAGCUACAGGCUGAAAAUAUUUUCAGAAGAAAGUGUUCCUCUCUUUGGACCUCCCCUUCCGUCCCCACCUGUGUUUACAAAUCACCAGGAAUUCAGGGAUUUUGUGUUGGUGAAAUUAAUAAAUGGUGAAAAAGCCACCUUGGAAACACCAACAUUUUCUCAGAAACGUCAACGCACUCUAGACAUGCUGAUCCGCUCUUUAUACCAAGACAUGAUGCCUGACCUACACAAGGUAAAUAACGUGCUCAAUAGAAGAUCCUUCAGUGAUGUAUUACCAGAGUCCCCAAAAUCAACACGGAAGAAAGAGGAAGCUCGACAAGCAGAGUUUGUUCGGCUUGGUCAGGCAUUGAAAUUGAAAACUACUGUGAAAGGGGAUACCACAGCUAACUUGGCAACCACAAGCUUUUGUAAAAAGGAGCCUUGGGAAUCUCAGUCUUUCUGCAGUAAUUUUCCUCAUGAGGUUGUCUGUGCAGAUUCUUGGGGCCAGUCCUUGCUGGUUUCUACAGAUGCUGGCAUCUUGUUAAUAGAUGAUGGUCAACCGUCAGUGCAAGUAUUUGAUAAAACUCUCCAAAUAAAGCAGAUGAAUGUGUUGGAAGCUCUGGAUCUUUUGAUUGCCCGAACAGACAAAGGGAAAGAAUCUCGUAUCCUUGUCUUCAGACUCAGUGCUGUCCAAAAAGAUAUAGAGACAAAAAAAGUGAUAAGAAGCAAAUACGACUGCAGAGAAAAUAAACUGGAGAGAACAAAAGGCUGCCAUUUAUACGCCAUUAAUACUCACCAUGGAAGUGAACUGAGGAUUGUUGUGGCUAUUCGGAACAAACUGCUUCUUGUCACAAAGAAAUACAAUUCACGCAACACUUUAACCAGCACCUCUCUGCUGUCAUCUCCUGAGUCUCCAGUAGAGGAGUUCCAGUACAUCCGGGAAAUAUGCCUUUCUGACCCUCCAGUGGUUAUGACGCUGGUGGAUGGACCUACUGGAGACAGUGACAACAUGAUCUGCGUAGCAUAUCGGCAUCAGUUUGAUUUAGUCAAUGAGAGUACAGGGGAGUCCUAUAGAUUGCAUCACGUUGAAACAAACAGGGUUAAUUUUGUUGCAGCUAUUGAUGUAUAUGAAGAUGGUGAAGCUGGUCUACUGUUGUGUUAUAACUAUAUUUGUCAAUACAGAAAGAUAUAUCCUUUCAGUGGAGGUUCUCCGCUGGUCCAGCCAUCAGCUUAUGACUUCCACUUCAGCUGGAAUCAAGUUCCUUAUGCUGUUGUCUGUGCUUUCCCUUAUGUUCUUGCCUUCACUACUGAUUCCAUUGAGAUCCGAUUAGUGGUGAAUGGGAACUUGGUCCAUACAGCAGUUGUGCCUGAGCUUCAACUUGUAGCAUCAAGGUCAGAUAUUUAUUUUAAAGCUACCGCUGCAGUAAGUGGACCAUCUGACAGCUCUAAGGAAAUGGGUUCAAAGAGUUCUCCUCAAACACCAACAGCUUACGAAAAGCCAGAAUUUCCUCUUCCUUCUCUAGAAGGUGAAGUUCCAUGCAAAAACCUGUACAAAAUACCUCUCAGCAAUCUGGUUGGGCGAAGCAUCGAACGACCUCUGAAGUCACCUUUGGCUCCCAAGGUCAUCACUACUACAACAUCGAGUGGCAUUACCUCUCUUCCAGUUAUGCACUCGCUAUCUUUAUCUCGUAUGGAAAUUAAAGAAAUUGCAAGCAGAACACGUAAAGAAUUGCUGGGCCUCUUGGAUGAGCCUAUAACCAAGACAGAAAGUGCACCGAAGCUAAAAAAGGUUUCUCGAAGACAGUCAGACCCCAAGCAGGGAGCAGUAAGAUCAUCUAGUAGUGACAGGAUAAUCUCAAGCUCAUUUGAAGGCUAUUCUGAAAGACGUCAUCCUUCCACUAGUUCAGAUCCUGAUACUUUAGCAAACAGGGAGGAGAGCUCACCAUCUAGCUAUCCAUUUCAGCUGAUUUCUUUAUGCGAUGAAGACAUCAUUGACUUGAAAUGAAGACACUUUUAAAACCUUUCUUCCUUCACAUUUUCUUACAACUCUGUAAGCUCUAUGGCAGUGUCACAAACACUGCUUCUGGUGGUAAAAUGUGGCUGGAAGUACUAGUGAUAAAUCUUUAUAGAACUUGUGUCCUGGUUAGCACAGCCUGAUUUGGUGAUGCUUAUAUCUUUGACAUAGGUAUGUUUUCUCAGUUAAUGAAGCAUUACUUUUCGUGGCUUUCUAACACAAGGUAAUCAAUGAGAGAUUUAGGCUGAAACUGAAGUAAACAAAAAGUAUUACUUGUUCUAAGCUUCUUAAAAUUUGAUGUACCUAAAUGACAUGCAGCAAAGUUAAUUGCUGUUUCUACUAUCAUGAAUUGUUUUACAACAGUGUAUUUCAUGUGGGGAGAGGAAUUUUAUAAUAUAGAUCACAGCUUUUGGUUUUUCGGUCUUUAAAAAAACAAAACAACAACAAGAAGAAAAGGCUUGCAGGCGAGGUAAUUUCAAACAGUGUAGUCAGUCCCUAAAUUGAUGCAUCUGUGGUAUGCUCACUGAAGAAUCAGGUGAGAUAGGAAGAUGGUGCUUCCUUUGCUCAUUGUUUAGAGAAACUUGAAAGCUCUUUUGGCAUAAAGAAUCCCUGAACAGAGAAACUUUCUAUAGGAAACACAAACUUUCAGAAUAUUUCUUUAAAAUUGGAAAUUAAAAAACACAAAAAAACUCAUAAACAAACAAUCCCAAAAUGAAAACCCCAGUCCAUCUACUGGAAGACUCUUACUGUAGUUCAUCUGCAGAUUUUUCCAUUGCUGGCAGAAGAGCCAACCCCAAUUGUCUUCAAUUACAAAAAGAUUCUUAUGCAGGCCUCAGCAUUAGCUGUUGGCUGCGCUUGCACCAACAGUAAACGUCAUUAUUCCAGAUAGUUGUAUUUUUCUAACUGCGGACUGAAAUUUCAUUGCUAAUAAGCUAGUUUUCUAUGAUGAAAUAGUCAUCUUGUCUCUUGCUGUGUUAAAGGACAGGGGUUUAUAUUUAAAGUUUGAUAUUUUUUUUAACCCUUUCCUCUAGAACACAUUUGCAAGGAUUUAUUUUGGUUUUGGUUUUUUUUUAUGAAAGUCUGAUGCUUCCAGCCCUUCUGUAUAUGAUGUUUUUAGCUUUAUUAGCAAGUGUUUCUUGUUCUAUAUGUAGAAAUACUUCUGCAUCCUUGACUUUAUUUCAUAAUACCACUCAUACGUCGUGAUUUCACUUCUGCUCAAGCAUGAUCAUAUGCAGAUGCAUGCCUUUUGCUUUUGUAGAACUGGUUUUGCAAAGUGAUUUUUUUUCUGUUUAUUGUAUAUAAUGGCUGAAUUGCCUCACUGAAGAAAAUAUGCAAGGUCUUAUCUGGAAGCAUAAUUUCUUACUCUCAACUAGAGUGGCUAAUCAACAGAAGAAGCAAUAUUUUCAACAGUAAUUAGUCUAGGAGCAGAAUGCUAUUAUUACUGUAGUGGGUUACGCGCUCCUAGAUGUGUGGGGUGAACCUUAAUAAGCAUUUAAAAGGAAGUACCAGAUCAAAGUCUUUGCGAAAACUUGUGAUUAUUUGUUGAGGAUGUUGUUUCCAGAGAUUGUUACUUUACCGUAUCCUUAUUUAUUUGGACAGGUAAGGUUUAAAAAAAAUCAAUCCGAAAGUACCACGUGGUGCUUAUGUUCCUGGAAGUUGUAAACACUUCUGAAUCCACUUUUGGGGUCGCUGCUGGCACUUACAUAUUUUUAGAAAGCAAAAGAACCAGCUUUUUCCCUGAAAGCUUUCUCAAUGUAGUAUUUGGCUUGUGCCUAUUUUUGAAGAGUGUACCAGUGUGUUGCAAAACUGGGGCUUCAGUUAAAAUUUUAACUGGAAACUUUGCUUUACCCUGUUAGGAUAUUGGAUUUUAAAUAUACUGCAGAUGUUCACCUGUGCUAUUGUAGCAUGAUUUAAAAUGAUAAACCAUUGUUCGAUAGCAGUUGAAGCAAUAUAUGGAGAUUUUAAAACUUGUUUUGAAGAACCUGAGCAAACACAGGUAUCUAAAACUAGCCUUAGAGAUGGAGCAUGAGGGAAAACAAGAAGAAUGAGAAGAUCUCGACAGAAAGCUUGACUACUGGCUAUGAUGGUAGUCAUAACACAUAUGGCAUUUGCAUCAUAUCCUAAACAUGAUUAUAGAAGAAAGAGCUAUAAAGCAGGAGUUAUUUUCUUGAACCAGAAGUGCAGGAGUGGCUGUAAAGUAUUACCAUAAAUUAAGAGAGUGUUGGGGGGUGGGGAUUUGUGUGUGUGUGCACGUGCAUGAGAGAGAGAGAACCUUUGAAGGUCUGCCUGUAAUUACAGCAUUGAUGACAUCUAGCAAAUGAACUAUAAGGAGUACAGAUAUUGGAUUACUGAAGCUAGAAAAACCAGAUCAUACUAGCUUCAUGGUACAUAUCUGGAACGGGAUGUUGGUAUCAUUUGAAGAGGGAAGCCCAGCAACUGCAUCCCCACCCACCUCCCACCUGCUUUUAUGCUACAGCUUGGCUUAAUGGGUCAGGUACAAGCUGUUAAGCAGGUCACACUAGGAACUACCAGACCUUAACAGACUAUUACUCAUCUAGGACAGGAAGGAGCUGAAUCCUGCAAAAAAAUUAAAUGUCUUCAUUCUUAAUGUAUCCAGUAAGUGCCUUAACAAGGCUUUGACUUCUUGAGUUUUUGCUUCUGUACUUAAUCAGAGUGUCUUAGAGGGAUAAUAUCUAAUGUGGUGAAAGGAGAGAGGGAUACAACAUUCAGUUUGGUUUAUAGGACACCUAGAAAUGGUAGCUGAGGCUUGAGAGUCAUGUGUAUGUAGUUUACUACUACUUACUUACUGUAUGAGAGCAGCCCAGAAUAUAGGCAGAAGGCAGAGAACAUGGAAAUAAUACUCCAAUUUUAUUUCACACAAGCCACAAGAACCAAAUUCUGUGAAGAUCUUUAUCGCUUUUAUUGUAUCAAAAGACCAAAUACCAACACAAUCAUGUGAAAUUGCUGGUGUAACAGGAGAAACCUCUGUUGUACAAGGAUGUGGCUUCUUUGAGAUUUUAGUAGUCUGAUCAGACCACCGUGAUUUCUGUGUCUCUUAGUGUGAGGAUGACUAGCUUCUAGCCAUUGUUUCUCUCAGAAGAUCCUUACUGUUCAGACUGCUCAUUAAAAUCUAGAGGCAGUUGGUGGGACGGAUACAUAAGCUCUUGCGCAUCAUUUAUAAAAGGCAAAGUUCUUACACUCUCCUUCAUAAGACCGGUGUAAAAUGACAAGGCUUGUUGGAAGGCUGCUGUGGUGGCUAUAUUGUCAUUCACUCCAGCAUUGGAGCCAUGUUUGCCUUCUGUUUUUCCAGCAUGUGCAUGCAUAUACUCUCUAAAACUUAGUCUUAGGCACAAAUUGUAGCCAUGUCCAAUGUAAGCACAACCCUUUCUCCUUUCACAUGAGGUGUCAAAGCUGCCUGUAGGCUGCAUUCUUGAUGUUGGCUGACCAUCUCAUGGUUGGGAGAAAAGAUAAUCUUUGAAUCUACAACUAUGUGAGAUGGGUGUUGUUCCAAUAGGAAAACUGAAAAAAGUUGCUACAGAUGGAUGGAAGGAAUUGUUUCCAUGAAGGAAGAAUUGCUACCAGAUUGAACACUUGCUAUCAAGCUAAGUUUAACUGAAGGCCCAUUCUGGACUCUUGGCUAAGUUUCUGCAAGAAAUACUUUCUAUCCCAGUGUGCUGGAUUUGUUGGCAGCGGCAGGGCUCUUAACUCCUUCUGGCUAAAUGGUCUUGGUCACCACUUCAUCACUGUGCCUUAGUCUGACUAAAUUAUAGGAACGUCAUUUACUUUGGUGCAAGCAUUAGAUUAUACAGGCAGUUAAUUUAGAAUGUACUUGUGCCUUCUCACCAGCAUGGGUAAUGAUGCAUGGAAUCACGAAAUAGUUGAGGGUAGAAGGGACCACUGUGUUACCAUCUAGUCCAGCACACAUACCCAAGCACCACCAUUCAAAAUUCUGUUCAAAAUGGGUAUGCAACAUUUUGAGCUACUCGUCAUCUUUGUCCUGCAUUUGAAUUAAAGCAUGCAUGUAAACCACCACCACAGCUUUGAAGUGUGACUAGGACUCGAGAAUCCCAAGACACAUGAGCUAAGUUAAUUCUUUCUCACACACACACAAUAUGCAGCCCUUAAGGCUGAGGCUUUGAUAAGCCCUUCCCAAGGUCCCUAAAGCCCAGUUUGGGCUUUAGAAACCAUUGCAGACUAGGAGUAAUUUUUGUCCAGUUCCUUAUUCUAGUGGCAAUGCAGUACACAUUUUAUAUAAGUGUUUGAAAGUAACAAAACACUUCCUUCUAAUAGGAAACAAAGACCCACAUGUAAUUUGAAAGGGCUAUGGCUAUUCAUGGUAGCAAGAGAACUGCUCUCUAGGUUCAGUGAAUGCAUGCAUACAUUCAGUUUUCUGGUUUUACCAGAAAAGAAGUAAGGCCUGUUCUAGUUAUAGUCCUUUACUGGUUUGGGGGUGUGGCAAGGAUUGUUUGUUUUGGUUGGUUUGGUUUCUUGAGGCUGGAGGUGCAUGGGGGUUUUUUGUUGGUUUUUUGGUCAAGAUUUUUUUUUCAGGUUUUGGAGGGGUGGUUUGAUUGGUUGGUUGAGGGUUUUUUUGUUGGUUUGCUGUUGUUUUUCAAUGCGUAACAUAUGUGCAAGUAUGCACCUAGAAUGAAUAGCAGGUUUGCUGUCUGCCUUCAUGUGAUUAUUUCUAUAAAUGUGCAAGUAUUUCUGACUGAUAGAUUCAAACUGAAUUUUUUUAGUACUGUGACAGUCAACUGAAUAAAUAUUUAAACAGUAGGUAAGAGAGCAGGGAAUAGGUAACACUAUUGCCUAACUAGUUACAUAUGGUUGAGAUUGCUACUCCUGACAUGUAUUCUCUGCUGUUCUAUGUAUAGCUCGAACACCUUUUCCUAAAGGUGUGGGCCUAUAACUUGUGCUUGCAGAUGUGGUGGCUUUUCCGGAGCUGUUGGCUUAGUCUGCAUUUGAAAUACAUAACCCUUUCCAUUUGGAUUUGGUUUUCAAUAUAUAUACAUAUACAGGUAUAUAUACUUGUAAUUUCUACUGUAAAUGUUCAGGGAUUAAAAAUCCUGAGAUUAUAUGCACUGGAAUUUAAAGUAAUGGGAUCACAAAAGGCAGGGGAAGGAAAAAUCCCAUCAGCAAGUGGUAAGGUAUUUCAGAAUACUUUCUGUUGCCUUCCGUGUAUAAAAAUGAGUAUCAUGCUAUUUUCAUUGUUAACAAUUUGAUGUCAUGGUUCAUAUGCACAGUGCUUGCUAAUUCUGUUAAAGCACUGUUUUCUCAGAUACGCUUAAUCUGUUUUUGUGAAGGACUAAAUUAUACCCUGGGAACCUAAUACUAACAAUAUGGGAAGGCUCAAAGAGAUUAUGCAGCAAACAUCUGUACUUGCAUGCAGGUUAGAAAAUAUUUUUACUCCUUUUAGUUGAGCACAGCAACUUCACCAGCCUGUAUACUGCUUAGCUGCUUUACUUUGUUGCUGACCUGUAACUGACUGACUUCUGUUUGCUACUGGAAAUUGUGGUACUAGCACCUGACUUGAAGAGAAAAUUGAGAUUAUUUUCUGCAUAUUUAUUUGUAGCUCUAUUAGGUAUGUACCUGGUUGAAUGGAAAAUAUUAUGUAAAGGUCUAUGCAGAGUGUUAUCUAUCUGGAAUGUCAGUUUAAUUGUCUUCGAAUGGUAGCAGACUGCUUUGUAAUUUAAUAAUUGCAUAUUGUUAAGACUGUUGCUACAUUUGUGGUCAAAGACUCUUUACCACUGGUCUUAAGUGCUGAUGUAUUACCACUGUUUUUAAUGUCAUAUGAUAGCAUGUAUGGUUUGUGUUUUAGAUGUGACAUCCCAAUAGAAACAGUCCUAUCACAUCUGAAACUGUUUUAAGUGCUAUUUAUCACUUUUGUGAAGAAGAAACAUGGUUUAUUCUUUCACAUGUAAUAAACUAUAAAUUUGA